AGGAUUUCAAGAGGAGCGGGAGAAAGAAAGAGAGAAAGAGGGUGUAUGUCAGAGAGAAAGCGAGACGGGGGGGAAGCAGAGAGGAGGAGGAAUGCAACAGGCUGAGCUCGGUCGUCGCUGCGAGGCGGACUCCUGACUGACAACUUCUCUACGUCUCAACUCCACUCCUCUCCAGCCGACUUCAACUCACCCGCCUCCACUCCGUGCGGCGUCCACGUCCCACAUCUGGUCUUGACGUGGACAGGACAUUUCUUCUGGGUUCUCUGCAGGUCUCUUCCUCAUAUUGCCUUUUCUUCUGUGUGGUCCAACAGAAGAGGAGCAGGACGGUGCUGGAUGGCACAACACUGGUCCACACUCACUGUCAGACUCUGACAAAGAAGCAGGACGAGGAAGAAGAAGAAGAAGAAGAAGAAGGAAACCCAGAGAGAAGUCGGUUAAAUAUCCAGCGUCGUGAUGGCAACAAACAGAGAGCACCAAAUGCGUCACAUGACGGGAUUCGCCCGUGCCAUGUACCCCUUCGCCUUUAACUCUAUGAGGAGCCACUCCCCCUUUGACCUGCUGGCCAGCAGCCACCUGUUUGGUCGCUUCGGAGCGGACCUUCCCAAAGAGAUGGCUGCUCUGUCGGUGGAGACCCAGAGCACCAGUUCAGAGGAGAUGGUGCCCAGCUCCCCCUCCCCUCCUCCUCCUCCUCGUGUCUACAAGCCCUGCUUCGUGUGCCAGGACAAGUCGUCUGGUUAUCACUACGGCGUGAGCUCCUGCGAGGGCUGCAAGGGUUUUUUCCGUCGCAGUAUUCAAAAGAACAUGGUGUACACCUGUCAUAGAGACAAGAACUGUCAGAUUAACAAAGUGACUCGGAACCGCUGCCAGUACUGCCGGCUGCAGAAGUGCUUUGAGGUCGGCAUGUCCAAAGAAGCGGUGCGUAACGACAGGAACAAGAAGAAGAAGGACGUGAAGGAGGAGGUGGUGCUGCCGGAAAACUACGAGCUCAGCGGAGAACUGGAGGAGCUGGUCAACAAAGUCAGCAAAGCUCACAAAGAGACCUUCCCGUCUCUGUGCCAACUAGGAAAGUACACCACAAAUUCGAGUGCCGACCACAGAGUACAGCUGGACUUGGGCCUGUGGGACAAAUUCAGUGAGCUUUCCACUAAGUGCAUUAUAAAGAUUGUGGAGUUUGCCAAGCGGCUACCGGGCUUCACCACACUCACCAUCGCUGACCAGAUCACCCUCCUCAAAUCUGCAUGUCUGGACAUCCUGAUGCUGAGGAUAUGCACCCGUUACACUCCGGAACAGGACACCAUGACGUUCUCAGACGGGCUGACUCUCAACAGAACCCAGAUGCACAACGCCGGCUUCGGCCCGCUCACAGAUCUGGUGUUUGCCUUCGCCGGUCAGCUCCUGCCUUUGGAGAUGGACGACACAGAGACGGGGCUCCUCAGCGCCAUCUGUCUCAUUUGUGGAGACCGAAUGGACUUGGAGGAGCCAAAGAAGGUAGACAAGCUUCAGGAGCCGCUCCUGGAGGCUCUGAAGAUCUACACCCGCCGCCGACGCCCCGACAAGCCUCACAUGUUUCCCCGCAUGCUGAUGAAAGUCACUGACCUCAGAGGAAUCAGCACCAAAGGUGCAGAGCGAGCCAUCACCCUGAAGAUGGAGAUCCCUGGCCCCAUGCCCCCCCUGAUCCGGGAGAUGCUGGAGAAUCCGGACGUGUUCGAGGACAGCAGCGACUCCAGCGACAGCGCCACCACCACCACCACCGCCGCCACCGCCGCUCCCCCCGCCAGCCAGGCCAUCAAGCAGGAGGACAAGUCCACGUACGAGUCGGCAUUCGAGGAAGAGGAGGAGGAAGAGGAGGACGACUACUGGGACGAGGAGAAAGAGUGGGGGGCAGACAGUGACGGAGAGCAGGGCGGGGAGGCGGCGGGGAGCGCACAAAAGAAAGCCGGGAAAACGCCGUGAAAGAGACAGGAAGUGGAACACCUCCCAAUUUCAGGCUCCUGAGGGUUUUUUUUCAUACAAACUGUACAUAUUGACUGGAAGAGACUGAAUUCAGAAUAAAAAGCAAAGAAAUGAAGAAGAAGCAUAAUGUUUCAGUGGAUUCAUGAGGGCGCAUAAGAAAAGAUAUUACAAAGUGGUCACCACAAAGAGAAGCGAGGAUUUGGACGAAGAAAAUGCACUCCUGCCGUGUGUGUUAAGGGCUACGCUUUGUAUAAAAUUAAUGAUAAAAAAGAAAUUAUUUGCAACUGAA